UGAAUAAGCUGUUGCAGCUGCAACACAAGUCAGAAAAAAGCGAGCGGAGAAGGUAAUGUCACAACGUAGUGAGUUGAAGAGGUGCUGUUUUAAAAGUUUUUUAAAACAUUUUAAUCUACUGUUUGCUGUGCUUUGGAGCUUCGCGUUUUGUUGGAAUCAUUUAAAGUUGGAGAAAAAGUUGGAGAAAUGUAGGGACCAUUUGGCCGCCGGUGUUGUUGCUUCACGAUGGAGGAACCUGCGACAAGAGAGUUUGAGAUGUCCCUGUCAGACGGUAACUCGGACGAUGAUAUGCCCCUAACGUUACCCACAGAGGGGGGCAGCGGCCACAGUGGGAGCAUCCGAAAGGGAUGCGACCCUUUCGCCCAGACUCAACGCAGUAAACUGCAGCACCGGCGAGCUCGCAUCAACCAGCAAAUCAACAAGGAGAUGCGCAUGAGAGCCGGAGCAGAGAACCUGUUCAGGGCGACGACCAACAACAAAGUGAAGGAGACGGUGGCUCUGGAGCUCAGCUUCGUCAACUCCAACCUGCAGCUGCUCAAAGAAGAGCUGGAGGAGCUCAACAGCAACAUGGAGGUCUACCAGACUGACAGCGAGGCUGUCAACGUUCCCAUGAUCCCACUGGGCUUAAAAGAAACCAAAGAAGUAGACUUCACUGUUUCUAUCCAGGACUUCAUCUGUGAGCACUACGGAGAGGACAGCUCUCUCUACGACAAGGAGAUCAAAGAGCUUAUGGAGCUCAGACAGGCCAUGCGGACACCCAGUCGUAAUCAGGCCGGUUUGGAGCUACUGAUGGAGUACUACAACCAGCUCUACUACCUGGACCAGCGCUUCUUCCCUCCACACAGGAACCUGGGCGUGCACUUCCACUGGUACGACUCUCUGACAGGCGUCCCGUCGUGUCAGCGUGCGUUAGCCUUUGAGAAGGGAAGCGUGCUGUUCAACAUCGGCGCUCUGUACACACAGAUCGGAGCACGGCAGGAUCGCUCUGCAACAGCUGGCAUAGACCGAGCGAUAGAUGCCUUUCAGAGAGCUGCAGGUGCAUUUAAUUACCUUAAAGAUAAUUUCUCCAACGCUCCGAGUCUGGACAUGAGCGGGCCGUCGCUCUGCAUGCUGGUUCGGCUGAUGGUGGCCCAGGUGCAGGAGUGUGUGUUCGAGCGCGUCACGCUCACCACGCAGGACACACACUUCACUUCCCAACUCCGCCUGGCACAAGAGGCUGCGCGGGUGUCAGACGUCUACCUGCUAGUGCAGCAGACCAUGACGCAGCCGCUGAUGAAGGACUACGUGCCAUUUUCAUGGGCGUCCAUGGUUCAGGUCAAAUCUGAACACUUCCGUGCUCUCUCUCACUACUACGCUGCUGUCGCGCUCUGUGACCACAUGUCGUCUGAGGAGGGGGACGACUGUGACGAGGAAGCAGAGAAGGCCUUCCUCCAGUUCUAUGUCAACACUCCUGCAGGACCUCCACUCAGCCAAGUCCUACGAGACCCAGAAAACAGAAGAAAGUUUGGUAAAGCUCACCUGCGUCGUGCAGUAAUCAGACACGAGGAGGCCAUGCGCGUCCACAGUCUGUGUAAGAUCCUGAGGAAGAUGGACAUCCUGCAGGACGUGCUGUCUCUCACACAUAAACGCUCUUUGGACAAGUACUCCGAGCUGGACCGAGAGGACGACUUUGAUGAAACGGCAGAGGCUCCAGAGAUACAGUCUCACACCCAUCAGAAACCAGACAUCACUCCAACCAACUUCUCUACAGUCCAAGUUACUGAUAUCUUCCAAAGACUGGGGCCCCUGUCGGUGUUUUGUGCGCGGGCUCGCUGGGGUCCGAUGCGUCUGAUCUGCCUGCAGAGGGGAGACAGUGGACUAGGCCUCACGCUCAGAGGAGACUCUCCAGUCCUGGUGGCUGGAGUCGUACCUGGAGGCUGUGCAGCGGAGGCAGGACUGAGGGAGGGAGACUACAUAGUGGCGGUGGACGGACAGGACUGUAAGUGGGCCAAACAUGGCGAGGUGGUCCACAUGCUCAAGAACUGCAGCGACAAAGGGGUGGAGCUCAGUGUGGUCACAUUACACUCACAUGAUGCUCAGGUGGAGAGGAGGGCCAUCAUGCUGUCUCACAGCAGCGAUAAAGAGAACGCCCGACAGCGCCUGAUGGGCGGGGCUAAAGGACAGAGCUCCGCGUCCUUGCUGAACUGGAACAGGAAGAAGAAGAGCAGCGGAGUCACCAAGAGACUAGGAAGCACUUUCAGUUUGUCGUUUGGAAGCAUCCGAGACGCCGAGGCCAUGUACUGAGACACGACCGUGGAGGAACCACUCAGGGAAUCACAGCAGCGGAACAAACGUUAACGAUUAGCGCCACGUUCAGACCGACAAAAGUGCUGCGCCAAGAAAAUGCAGACUAUUCAUUUCAGGAUCACUGCUGCAGAAAACAUGAGGUAGUCCUGUGAUGUUGACCCCGGCUCAACUUGAGCUGCACAUUAGUCCAACGUCAUUUGCAAGUAUACAAACCAGCUAGGGCAGUGGUUCCCAACUGGUCUAGCCUCAGGGUCCACACACUAACCAACCUAACACCCACAUUCAGUAUAUUUCCAUCCAUCCACUCCACCUGUCAGAGGAUUCAAAACCACAACCUCCUCGUUGUGAGGAGACUGACCACUGAGCUACACUUUAAUUAUAAUUCACCAAAUGCAAACUGAGACAACUGAAGGACAACUGAGGCUUAAAGAUCAAUCAAAUAAGAAGCAUUGCAGAAGGAAAGUGCAGUUAGGACUUAAAACCAACAUUUAAAAAACAGGUUAUAGACUCUUUUUACAGCAGAACAUGUAAACAGGCUCAAUACAAAGAACAGAAGAAAAGUUCAUUUCAAGCCAGAACUUCACUUCUUUUUUGUGUUCAGUGUCAGCAAAACCAAGCUGAAUAUAUUCAGUCAGUCACUUUUGUUGAUCCAGUGGUAGAAUAAACUUCUUCUUUCUCUGGAAUGUGCAAGGCGAGGGUCACAUGACCCACAGAGACAUCUGAUUACUUGUACAAUAGAGUUGGGUGCCACCACCACUAACAAGGAAGCAGGAAACGGUACUUCAAAAUAGAACCGCUGUUCUGGAAAUUUGCUAGAUUUCAAAGUUAAGUUUUCUUUUUUGGGGGGAGGGGGGCAACUCAGAAUGAGCCUGAGGCCCACUGCUGGACCGUAACCCAUGGGUUGGGAACCACUUAGCUAGGCUACCUUUUAACAUGUAGCAUUGUGCUAAUUUUUUAGCUAACUGGGUGCUUUCCAUUUGGCUAACGAGGCUCCUCGCUCACAUCAUUCAUGUCUUACUUCCUCCCAGUGAGGAUGCGACAGGACGUCCUCGCUCACUCCAGCGUCAUGUUAAGGGGACAACUACUCGUGCUGCACAGCGACUCAACUGUCACAUAUGAAGAAUUCAGCUAUCAAUAUAUAGAAAUGAUUAAGUAGCAGUUUAUAAAGAAAACUGAACUGAGCUGCUCCAGUUUGUUAUUAUUUGAUUAUAGAUCUUUAGCAGCGUCUUGCCGUCACAGAAUAAGACACAAACCUGUGGUGCCUCGCAGGAGCCUCCUCUCUCCUCGUCUCCUCUAAGGGAUUGGAACAUCCUUCGUGAUGGUGGAGGGAAAACGAUUUCCUGGUCACAGCUGGAGGACGGGAGGAAGCAUAAAUUAGAGGAAUGGAAAGCACCCACAAGCGUCAAAACGUUGUAGCGAAUCAUUGCUGCAGUGAAAACUUUUCAGAGUCAAGCGAUCCUGCUUCUGAUUAUCAUCUGCUGUGCGCCACCUCACUGAUAAGUCUUCAAACUAAAAAGCAUAGUUUGUAUUUCACCUGUAAUCGGCGACACAUGCAGCCCUCUUUUAAUUUCAGGACGCAGUUCUAUUGUCGGUCUGUUACUGGACUUCUCUGAGACAGGAAAAGGCAAAUACUGACCGGUUUUGAAUAUUAAUAACAAUGACAAAGAUAUGCUUGAACUUUUUUUUUUUCAUCAAACAAUGCAACAAUAUAACUUUACAUUAAAUAAUGUAUUGACAUUAAUGUAACUGAUGUACAAAGAAUGAAGAGGAUGAAGCAGAAUUAACCAUAUUUUCUUGUGUCUUAUAUCAUUCUUAAGUGGUCUGAAUACUUUUAACAGUCACUAUUUAACUAUUGAAAUACUCACUACGCACUAAUAAUCACACCUGACAGACUGUCUUUAGCCUUCUGAUGGAUACGUAUCAGUUCAUCCACUGAUACUUUGUACUUAACUAAUAAGUAUAAUGUUGAACUUCAUCUUCAGAUCAAUGUUCUGGGAGAAAAUUUUUGUUUUUUGUCGUUUCUAGAUGAGUAAAAAGCACUUAAGAUCUCAUGUUUUUGUAGUUUGGGUAUUUUUAAUGCACUGUGAAUAUUCAAAAAAAGGACAAAUCUCUUCUUAAUAAUGUAGUUUUUACUUAAUGUUGCAAUAAUGAACACUCACUCACACCGAGAGGUUGUGUCUCUGAAAUGAAAAUGUGAUAUUGAGAGAUCCUGCAGGAAAUGCAGGACGUGUCCACAGUGUUGCAUUUUUCUGCAGUCUUUUAUAUUUUUUUCUUGUCUUAUCAUGUUCUUGAUGGUUUCCUUGAACCAGAAAGAAAAGGUUGUUAAGUCCAGCCACUGUACUGUAUGUUACAGUCAGCCAAUAUUAGCAACUAGAGCUGGAGGAUGUUAGUGG